AAAUUCCAGUAUUCACCUGGAAACUUCGCUGCAAAUACGUUGAUUUUAAAUUUCUCCCUUUUACUUCCUCAACCUUCAUUCUUCCCUCCUCAAUUUCAACUAUUUUGUUUUUCAUCCAAAACAUACAUUUUAGAUCAAUUUUGGAACCCUAAGUCUCAUACUCGCCAAUUGCAAUCACAUAGUAAAUCAGCACCAUGAGGAGGGUGUUUGGAGUGAAGAAGGAUAAGGAACCGCCGCCCUCCGUUCAAGAUGCAUCUGACCGGAUAAAUAAAAGAGGUGAAAAUGUUGAUGAAAAGAUACAAAAACUUGAUGCUGAAUUAGUGAGAUAUAAAGAGCAGAUCAAGAAGACGCGACCAGGCCCAGCACAAGAAGCUGUUAAGGCUAGAGCCAUGAGGGUUCUCAAGCAAAAAAAGAUGUAUGAAGGUCAGCGUGAUAUGCUAUACAAUCAGACAUUCAACCUUGAUCAAGUUUCAUUUGCUGCUGAAGGAAUCAAAGAUGCUCAACAAACAAUGUCAGCUUUGAAGUCAGCAAACAAAGAUCUUAAGGGAAUGAUGAAGACUGUGAAAAUCCAAGACAUUGAUAACUUACAAGAUGAGAUGAUGGAUCUUAUGGAUGUGAGCAAUGAAAUUCAAGAGUCUCUUGGUAGAAGCUAUAAUGUACCUGAUGAUAUCGAUGAGGACGAUCUGAUGGGUGAGCUUGAUGCGCUGGAAGCAGACAUGGGAUUUGAAACUGAGAGUGAUGGAGUACCUUCUUAUCUUCAGCCUGAUAAGGACUCUGAUCUGGAUUCAGAACUGAACUUGCCAUCAGCACCAAGUGGGCAUGCUGCAAAUCCAGCAGGCAGAGUGAAUAUGCAGGGUGAGGAUGAACUAGGUUUACCAGCCGUUCCUCGAGCAACUCUCCGAGGUUAAGAGGGAGUAAUGGUGCAAUUCAUCGACCAAAAGUUUAUUGUAAAGAAUACGCUAUUAGUCUGUGGUUCUUCUUGCAUCUCUGUCUAGGUAAAAAGUAGUUGAACGUUGGGUGCAUACGAUGUCAAUAGCCAUGUGAUUCUUUAUCCUCCUUGUGGUGCUUGAACAUGAACUCGAAGUUGGAUUUUUGUACAGAUUCUCCUGCUGGUUCUGGGCUUCGUUCAACAGUCUACUUGUUUUAAUUCUCAA